AUGUCUUCAAAUCCGCACACGCGACGACGCAAAACAACUCCAGGCAGUCCAGAACCUCCCUGCGACUGUCAGGAUGUCAGAGGUCAUGACCCAGAGUCCUUGUGUGACAGGGCACAUGAGCCCCACCUCCAUCCUGAUACCCCUGAGGGUCACUCCUCCAUCUUGCCUUGUGCCUCCCAGCCGUUUGUCCUCUACACACCCAAAUGUCCAUCUGCACAGAGAGGACAGAGUGCACACACACCUGACGAAGGACCCGAAGACGGUACAUGUAAGAAAACUCUUAGUGCUGAAAAUGAAGUGGAGGCCCUAAAGCUUGCAAACAAUUACAAGUUUGGAUUCAGAAAAUGGAAGAGCCAUGUGACAGCGCGUCCAUUUGAAGACAGAUCAGAUGUAGUCAAGGAACUUUACAGCGAGCUCAAUGUUAUCAAACCUCAAACGGGCUCGUUAUUUACAUUUGGAAAUGUAAUGUACUUUUUCUUAUUUGGCUGGUGGGUUUCUCUUGUGUACUUCUCUGUCGGCCUUUUGAUGUUCUUCACACUGAUUGGGUUUCCUUAUGGAAAGCUCUGCUGGAAGUUGUCCUGUUAUUUUCUGUGGCCAUUUGGGAAAACAAUAGAAAAGGCCACUGCGUCAGUGAAUAGAUACAGAGUGAAAAUCUUUCGUGGCGAAGCCACACCAGAGGAGACUGAGGAGAUCAAGGUGACUUCUCCUCUUCUUUUGCCCACACCUGUAGAGGAGAUCACAGAGGAGACGCAGGUCGUUUUAAAGGAUGAAUGCUGCUGGAGGCGUGGCAGUAUGUGCGCUUGGCUGUUCCUGGGUUACCCACUCAUGGCCGUCACUCACAUCCUGCUGAGUGUGUUGUCCUGGUUACUGGUCUUCACCAUCCCUGUGAGCAAAAUGAGCACAAGGACCCUGGGCACCAUCCUGCUACUGCCGCCUGACCAGGUCCUCAUCAGUUCUGCCAAAGAGAAUCAAUCAGGACAGAGCAAAGUCCUUCUCUGCUGUUACCAUGCCGUCAACUGCUACUACUACAAGUACACAGUGGAUGGGAUCAACGUGUUUGCUGUCAAUCUCUUACCUUUAGUCAUUGUUGCACUGGUGAUCGGCUAUGUGGACAAAGGCAACCAGUUUGUCAGCUCUGAGGUGAAGUUUGCUACAGCCAUCGGUUCCAUCAUCCCCUUGUCUUAUUACAUUGGAAUGGGCAUUGCUAGUAUUUCAGCUCAGAGUAACUUUGCAUUGGGAGCUGUGGUGAAUGCAACGUUCGGCUCUAUCGCAGAGAUGACUUUCUACAUCACUGCCCUGAUCAGGGGUCAUCGCCAAGGCAACAAGUGCCUGCAGGAGAUUGUUAAGGCGGCGCUGACUGGGACACUGCUAGGCUGCAUCCUCUUCAUUCCAGGAAUCUGUAUGAUCAUUGGUGGUCUCAAGCACAGUGAGCAGAGGUUCAACAGCCGCUCAGCUGGAGUCAGUUCUGCGUUACUCUUCAUAUCUGUAGGAGGCGUGUUUGCUCCAACACUUUUCUCUAAAGCCUAUGGGAAUCUCGUCUGUGAGGGCUGCACUAACUCCUCCAACUCCACCAGCAAUACCAGUGAAUCCUUCAUCUGCCGAAACUGCCACUACGACCUGAGUGAAAAUAACUACAGCCUGUUUCAUAGCCAUAUUGAGCCACUGGUGUACACAGUUUCUGCCCUCCUGCCGGUUGCUUACCUAAUCGGUCUCAUUUUUACUCUGAAGACUCACUCUCAUAUCUAUGACAUUCAUGUUGAAGAAGGACAAGAGGCUGGUCAUCUGGGAGCGGUGGUGCACUGGUCUCGAUGGAGGGCAAUGCUCAUUCUUAUCAUGGCCACAGUGCUCAUGUCUUUAUGUGCCGACCUGACCACAGAGCACAUCCAACCUAUUCUCAACCACCCUGCUAUCUCACAGUACUUCAUUGGUGUGACCGUUGUGGCCAUGAUCCCAGAGAUCCCAGAGAUAGUCAACGGGAUCCAGUUUGCCCUGCAGAAUAACAUUAGCCUGAGCUUGGAAGUUGGAAGCUGCAUCGCCGUUCAAGUGUGUAUGAUCCAGAUUCCCUUACUCAUCCUCUUCAAUGUCUUUUACGAAGUGGGCUUUGUGCUCGUAUUCAGUGACCUUCAUCUGUGGACCAGCAUUUUCAGUGUCAUCCUUGUCAACUAUAUUUUCAUGGACGGGAAGUCUGAUUACUUUCAAGGUACAGCUCUUGUGGUGGUUUAUCUGAUCUUGUUAGCUUUGUAUUUCUUUGCUCCUUCUCCUGCGGGGUGUUGA